AUGCUGCGUGUCAGUUGGUCUUUAAAGUGUGAGUUGGUUUGGCCGGGACGGCACGGGAGCGCCCGAGGCACAGGGGAGGACGCCCAUGGAACGGGGCCCGGGACGCCGAAAAUCAGCCUUUCCUGUUCUCACGCACCCCUAGCUUCUGGAGCAAAUGGGCUCGCCCAGCUCGGCUGCCACGCCCCCCGGCUCCACGUGGCCUCGCCGAGCAUUCCGGGCCCAGAGCUGAACUCAGGGGAGUUGUCUGAGCGGUCUCAAGCCGUUCGGAGCGAGCUCUGCCCCGACGACUUCUUCCCGGCCACGCUGCCCGCCGAGCCGCCCUGGAGCCUCUCUCUGGACCCCCUGCGGAAGCCCGGCACCGAGCUAUGGCUCAUCCGGACCCCUGCGGACUUCAGCCUGGCCAGCUUCAAUGGAUGCAAGGUGCCGCUCUUCGGCUUCCAGACCCUGAAGAGCCAUCGGAAUGAGGCUGGAGUCCGUCAGCGCUACCUCGUCCUGAGCAACACCAGCGGAGACAGCCCCGAGCCCCUGCUGGCGCCCUCAUCUUCGGCAGCCGGCCAGGGGGGCCCAGCCCCAGCUCUGCAGGGCACCCUGAGCAUCAUAGAAAUACCUCGAAGCAAGCCGUCAGCCUAGUGCCUCCAUGUCAUCCCCACCAGCAUACCCCCACACAGCCUGCCUGGCCUGCCCCUCUUCCAGGCCUUGGGGGGCCGGCAGCCCGUGGUGGGGCCUCCGGCUCCGACAGCGGCAGGGGAGCCAGGGGAAUCGAAGCAUUCCUGGGAAAGGAAGAGGUCUGAAUCGGUGUCUCUGAAUCCCAGUCCACAGGAGGUUCGGAAUGGAGUGGGUGGGCUGAACUCUGCUCCAGGGCGAGAUGUGCCGCAGCCUAUAGAGCAAGUGCCAAUCAAAAUGGAGGAAGAGGUGGAAGCCCCAUUACCAGUCAAGAAGAAGAAGAAAAAGAAAAAGAAGAAGGAGCUGGAAGGAGAGAUGCUGGAGCCGGUGGGAGAGGUGCCCCAGCCACAGGGCAGGGUGAUGGAGCCACCGACAGAGGCUGUUUUUUCCUCCACUAAGACGAAGAAGAACAAGAAGAGAUGAGGGAUGGAGGAGAGGUGAUGGGAGUGUGAGGUCCAAACUGACCUUCAGGAGGAGAAAACCUUGCCUUUGGCCAAUAAGAAAAGCAGGAAGAAGCAGGAGGCAGGAGGAGAAACACUGGAACCCCAGCGGGCUGCUGGACUGGAGGAAGAAGAAGAGGAGAUGGCGGGCCUGCCUCCUGCCAAAAGAAAGAAAGGAGAACCAGCAGGAGAGGUGGUGGGGGAGGCAGAGAUGACCUAGUCCCUCAGGGAGGUGGAGCCUUUGUACACCAAGAAGAAGAAGAAGAAGAAGAAGAAGGAGAGGAGGAAGCCAGAGGAGGGGGAGGGGCUGGCCCCAGAGCCCCCCAAGGAGCUGGAGUCCCUGCCAGGGGUCCCUGAGUCAGUGACCCCAAGCCCCCACCAGGGGCUGGAGGAGAAGAAGAAGAAGAAGAGGCAUCAGGGGCAGUUGGGGACAGUGGAGGCCUAA